AUGGCUAGUACUGCACAACACCAGCAAAAGACGGACUCCGAACUAUGGAACAUAAGAAGCCAGAUGGGUCAGAUACAAGCAAUACAGAAUCAGAUAAGUCAGAUAGCAAUAUCAAUCAACCGUCUUGAGUCUCAAGUGAAUGGAAGAUUGCCAUCCCAACAUGAACUGAACCUGAAGAAUGUAAGUGCAAUGACUUUAAGGAGUGGGAAGGAAAUUCAGGGGCCCGAACUCAUGACUCCAAAGAAUAAGGACGAAGAAAAAAUUGAGAAAGAACUUCAGGCAGAGAAUACAAGCACCAAAAAUUCAGUAGUACUCCCUGACCCGAUCAUAGACGUUAAAACUAAUCCCCCUCCAUUUCUUUGCAGGUUGGAGAAAUCGAAGAAGCAAGACAAGGAGAAAGAGAUCCUGGAGGUGUUCCGCAAGGUAGAGAUCAAUAUUCCCUUAUUAGAUGCCAUCAAACAAGUGCCAAAGUAUGCAAGGCUUUUGAGGGACUUAUGUGUCAACCGAAAGCAGCUGAGGGGAGACGAAAGGAUCAUUGUUGGGGAGAAUGUGAAUACCCUGCUGGAUUUAGGAACAUCGAUCAACGUAAUGCCUAAAUCUAUGUAUGCUUUUCUGAACCUUGGUCCAUUAAAAGAAACCGAGAUAAUAAUUCAAUUAGCUGACCGAACAAAUGCAUACCAUGAUGGGUUGGUAGAGGGUGUGCUGAUUAAAGUUAAUGAAUUGAUAUUCCCGGCUGACUUUUAUGUACUUGACAUGGAUGAUGAUCAUUCUCCUGACCCCUCACCUUUGCUACUAGGUAGACCCUUUUUUAGUACAACACAGACAAAAAUUGACGUUAAUAAGGGUACAUUGUCCAUAGAAUUUGAUGGAGAACUAGUCCACUUUAAUAUUUUUGAUACAAUGAAACAUUCUGUUAACUCUCACCCUGUGUUUGUUAUUCAUGCUAUUAAUCCCUCUGUGCAAGAAUUUUCUGAGUUUGCUUGUAGGGACAAAUUCAAAUUUACUGAGAACAAGUAUAAGGGGAUGAAUACACUGUAUGAGGUGAAAAGGAGUAGGAAAUUAAGAAAGAAAGCUGCACUCAAAGGCUAUUUGGAUCCUGGAUGA